AUGAAUUCGCAUACACCUUUAUUAGGAGGAGAAAAUAAUCGGAAUGUCAAUACCAAUGUCUCGACUUUCUCUCGUAUACUCAAAGUCUCAGAAAUUCUUUUUUUUUCUUCACCAGUUAAUUAUUUAUUAUUCUUUGUGCCUCUAGGUAUUAUUGCCGGUCAUCUAGAAUCCCAUUUUUCAUCAACUUGGUUAUUUGCGUUGAAUUUUUUUGCCAUUAUUCCGCUAGCUUCGGUUUUGGCAUAUGCUACCGAAGAGUUGGCCGAUCAAGUAGGUUCAACUCUUGGUGGACUAUUAAAUGCUACCUUGGGUAACGCAGUAGAACUAAUUGUUUCUAUCCUAGCUUUGAAAGAGGGUCAGGUUAGAAUCAUUCAGGCAAGUAUGAUGGGUAGUAUUUUAAGUAAUUUAUUAUUGGUCACAGGUUGUUGUUUUGUGUUAGGAGGAUAUAAUAGAGUUCAACAGAAAUUUAAUCAAACAGCUGCCCAAGCAAUGUCAUCAUUGCUGGUUAUUGCAUGUGCCUCAUUAUUGAUUCCAGCUGCGUUUAGAGCUACUCUACCAGAUAAUACUAAUAGUGAAGAUAAAUUUAUUAACCAAAAAAUUUUGGAAAUCUCUAGAAGUACUUCUAUUAUAUUGUUGUUUGUUUACUGUUUCUUUUUACUAUUUCAAUUGAAAACACAUCGUAAGAUUUUUGAACAGCAGGAAAACGAAGUUCAGGAAAAUAUCAAUGAGGAUAUUGACAAUGAACCUAAAUUAUCCAAAUGGGAAUCAUUAAUUGUUUUAACAAUCACCACAAUAUUGGUAUCCAUUUGUGCGGAUUAUUUGGUUGGUUCAAUUGACGAUCUUGUGGCCACCUCUGGUUUAUCAAAAACAUUCAUUGGUCUAGUUAUUAUUCCUAUAGUAGGUAACGCGGCAGAACAUGUAACCAGUUGUGUGGUUGCUAUGAAAGACAAGAUGGAUUUAGCAUUGAGUGUUAGUGUUGGGUCAUCUUUGCAAAUUGCAUUAUUUGUUACACCACUAAUGGUUUUAUUAGGGUGGUUCUUUGAUGUACCAAUGUCACUAAAUUUCUCAACUUUUGAAACUGUUAUACUGUUCAUCUCCGUAUUACUAGCCAAUUAUUUAAUUUUGGACGGUGAAAGUAAUUGGUUGGAAGGUGUUAUGUCGUUAGCUAUGUAUAUGUUGAUUUCUUUGGCCUUUUUUUUCUAUCCGGAUGUCAAUUAUUGA